GUGCAUGGUUUUAUUGAGAUUGUUUUUGGUCAUUCUAUUGCUUUUGGGGGCGAAUCGAUCGUGCACGAUGCAGCGCGUCUCUGGUCUUCUACGGGGACUUGGAGCUGCGUCGUCUUCAAAACUGUCUGGGCACGCUGUAGACGAUGUACUGAAGGGCGUUGUGAAAGGAUUCGCGGUGUCCGAUGCAGGACGACCAUUUUCCACCAGCAGCACUGCUGGCGCCACAAAUGAGAAAAUCAUUGCCGCCAUGGUUGUGGAGCGACUUCCCGUAGUUCUACCUAAGUCGGCUCCUCCGGUGGAUACUUUUGAGUCCUUUUCCUUUGACUGGCGGCAGCAGUUCAGAAGGGAGUAUCCUCAAGAGUUUCUGGACGCAUCCUCUAGCAGGGAAGCUGAUGAAGGGGAAGCUGACUUUGAGCCAGCUCCAACUGUGACGGAGGCUGAUAGGACUAAUGACCGCAGGUCUUUGAAUAGAGCGUUGAGUCGGAGGCUUUAUUUGCUCAUUCGUGGAAUUCCAUAUGGUGGCGUAAAAGACUCAUUUGUGUGGCACUUCCCUGAGAAGGUGUACGCUAAUGAGGAUAGUUUGAGAAUGUGUGCUGAAGAAGCGGUUAAACCAUUCGUGUCUAACCCGACGGAUUUGUAUUUAGUAGGAAAUGCCCCUUGUGGUCAUCUUACAUACAGGCUCUCUGAGCCCAGCUAUAAGCGCUUCUUUUUCAAGUCACAGCUUAUUGCAGGAAAGGUGCAUGUGAAGGGUAAGAAGAUUAAAGACUUUGCAUGGGUUUCUAAAGAGGAACUACCUGAGUACCUUGAUCCUAGCGAUUUGGAAUAUAUGAACAAAAUGUUGAUAGAUUAAAGCUGGCGUUAGUUGUUUGUCACAUUUAAGGGAGAAUGGCGUACCUACAAGCUUUCAUAGUUCCUACAUUCAAACAACCGAUGGAUAUGAUUUACUCCAGACAAUGUUAGGGUCACUGAGUUCUUAGAUAUGAUUCCCAUAAGAGACGUCAAAUGAGGUCAUUCACAGUAGAUUCCUGUGUUACUGAUUAUCUUGUUGGAUAGUUCUGUUGACGACAUGUGAGCUUCUUCUCGAGGCUUUGACUACAACAGAGUUAGCGGAGCAUUAUCGAUGAUGCAUUUCCAGCUGCUACCUCCAUUUCAAGUGGCUGACCAUUUUGUACACUGUCACUUGGGUGUUUAGGCUCACUUUGAAUGAUCUUACUCUUACAGUGUUAAGCGUCAUGACCCGGGAAUACAAUUUUUGAGGGGCUUUGAUAUUCAUCACA